AACCGUGGUCGAGUUAAAUAUUACACUAAUAAUCCACUUUUUUUAUUUAAAUAUUUUUCUUAUUAUUCCCUUGCCCAGGCCCAGUAACAUGCGACAGUGCUAUCUCAUUUACUCCGAUACAAAUAGACAGUGUGCGCGCUUUAGGUAUUGACAGCCUCUUAAUGUGAAGACUGGGAGCAGGUAUCAUGUAGUACGUACCUGCUCCUACACUAUUUUCAUUGAAAUAUGUGGGAUUGUGGGUCUGCUACUAGCCUACUACCUUGAUACAAAUUUCAACAUAAAAACACAUAUUUCCAUAUACUUAACACAUAUCUACUUAACCUUUGUUACUUUUUGUAGUGUCCACUUUUCCAGAGUCAUGCCUUAAAAUGAACAUCUUAGCAUUUGUCUAUCAAUUACUGCAGUAAAACACAAAAAUACAAUUAUUAGAUUUCACUCGAGAGGGUAAUGUAAUGACAGUUGAUAUUGUUACCUUACGACUAAGAUAUCACAAUAUUUUUGAUAGGUAUCAAUCAGUACUAGACGGCGAGAUCGCGUGCGGCAGAGUCAAAUGUUGAAAGAUUACAAAACAUUAGGAAGCAUAAUAGCUAAGAAUAUGGCCACCACGAUUUGGCCACUUCAUCUUCUAUUUCUUUUUUGAGUCAAGUUGAUCCAUUCUAUAAUUUUGUGUACUUAGUAGAACAUUAGUAGCGGAAAAAUAUUAAAGUACCUCCUUACUUAUCUAUUCAAAUAUCCCUCUUAACCACCUACAUUAAACCUGAGAUCGUUUACAAUAAAUCACCCAAAUUGCCGACAUAAAUCAAACAAUAACCGAGAUAUUCGAUCCGAUGCCCAUCAUAAGCUUUUAGAGAUCCUUUGUUAGGGUAAGAGCCCAGACAUAACGUGUUAUCAAAUAAAAGAAAGGUGUGAAAAUUCACAGGCGGUUUGUAGGCCCCUCCUUCUUAAGAUGGCGUUGCCCUCCCUACUUAUUAGACAGCCAGUAGCGAGGCAGGAUUUGGUGUUGUUCGUACCUACAGAAACUGUUUGGCACCACCUAUUUUCGAAAGCAAUUAUGAGUUCACGCGGCGAUGAUGCGGCAUCGGAUUCUCAGUUAGUGUGGUUUGUUAUACCUACUGACGUGGACCUAAUUUUAUUUAUUACUAUGAAAAUUAAAUAUUUCUUUGUAUUUAAAUUUGAUAAAUAAAUGAACAUCUCAUAACAGUAAUUAACAACUAACAAUGGAUUUUAAUCACAUAUCCAGCACAUGUGAAUCUGAUGCCAUUUUAAAAACAAAUGGAAAUUAUAGUGUCGUGUGUGAUCUUCGCAAAAAUCCGGUUGAGGACGGUGAAUCUGUAAGCGACAACGAAAGUGAAAACGAAACUAUUGAUGUUAUUUGUGAAAACAGUGAUCGCGGGAGGUGCAAUGAAAAAAUACGGAAUAUAAUUCAACAUCCAUAUAUUAACGAACAUAGGGGUAAAUUUUACGAACAGACUCGUGUCGUAGUGCCUGCUAAAUUAAGAAGUGACAGUGUAAUAAAUGCAAAUAGUAAAACUUUUUUGAUCGAUAGUAUUUUAGGAAAUAAUAAGUGUAGUAAUGAAUCUAGACCACAAUCAGAAAAUGAACAAUUUGAGGGAGCAGCUGAUGAGCAUAAUGUGUCAUCGACGUCGUGUCCGGAGUUGAGCGCGCUGAGCGAGGGAUUGCUGGCUGGCCAUGCGUACGCACAUUGGCUGGCGGUGCAUCAGCCCUCCACGACCUUCUUUGAUGAAAAAAACAACAGACGGCCGCGGCGCGCCGGGCCGGAGCGCAAGCCUCGCCAGGCCUACAGUGCCAAACAACUGGAACGAUUGGAAGCUGAAUUCAAACUGGACAAGUACCUCAGCGUUUCCAAACGGAUGGAACUUUCCAAAGCCCUCGGCCUCACAGAGGUACAGAUCAAGACCUGGUUCCAAAAUAGACGGACGAAGUGGAAAAAGCAGCUGACGUCUCGCCUGAAAAUUGCGCAAAGACAGGGGCUGUUUCCCGGCCAGAUAUUUGGACAUGCGUCACAAGCAUAUUCUCUGUUGAAUCCGUAUGCUUACGCCCCGCUUAGUUGUGUGUUUACCCCAGUAACAUUGCCGUCUAGUCCGCCGUAGGGCGGUGACGUUGAAGUGUUGGUUACGUUUCAAUGUAUUAAACAAGGAAUGCAAAUCGCAAACGAAAAGGAGUAUCCGAUUUGAAGUGCUACACGUCAUUGGCCCUCAUUAUUGGCCAGGUACUGUCAGCCACAAAAGUUGUCGGAUGCUUCAAGGUGACAUUCGGAUAUCAAUUGCAGCUGCAUUACUGCUGUGGCAUUGAUGCGGGCGCUGUCACAGCCAACUUCCUUGAUAAAAUGAGUGACGGAUUGGAAGUUCUUAUCCCUGCAGUAAUACGGCAACAAACGUCACUCAUUUAAUCAAGGAAAUUGACAUACAACCGUCUAAUGUACUUUACAUGUUCCUGGGACAUAGUUCUUAAAGUAUGGAGCGUCUCCGUAAUUAUUUUACAUAAUGCGCUCAACGGGCCUUAAUGUGUCGUUAUAAUAAAAAUAACAACUUCGAGGCAUCGGCAUGGCCAUUCACAAGUUAACCGUCCUAAUUUCGUAACGUUCAAAGUGCUAACUAUUUUAAUUGUGGUGCGAAAAGUACACAAUGAUCAACUUGCCACUUUUGACACAUUGCUCAUGGCCUAAAUCAGACAGUUGUCAAAUUUACUGCUGUCAAAGCAAAUAAUCGGACGUGUGGCUAACACUAUUCUGAAACAUGUAUAACAUUUGCUAGCUACCAUUUUCUCUUAUCUACAUAUACAAUCGGACCUAAAAGUGCAGUGCCACGAUUGGCAAAAAAAAUCGUUGUGUGUUGAGUUAAUUUGAACAUGAUUCCUUCUCUAACCAUAAAAUGGGAGACUGGACCGAUAGGUUGAAUGAAUAUGGCUGCUAUCAGGGCUAUUACCCCGAACACUGAAGUUCGCAAAUUGCGGGUAACUUUCUCUGUCACUCUAAUUACGCCUUAAUUGGAGUAAAAGAGUACUCAGACACAUGCAGCUUUCGAAUGCGGUUUUGUCAGAUUUUGCUAAAAGUUGGUAGAUAGAUAGAGUUCCGUAUUCUGUACCACGCAAUUGUACACCGUGUCCUAAAAUCUUGUUACGAAAAAGUAUUGUAUUUUCGUAACUCUAUGGAUAAUUACAUAAUUUUUUGGAACACGUUGUGAUUUAGUUAUCAUCCCGCCCAGAAAGAAAAAAAUCGACAGCAAAAAAAUCUGAUUCACUACGCAUAACAAACGUGUGGCAAAGAAACUAUUAACCGGAUUUUUGAGCAAUAACUUCCAAGUUCAAACUAAGUCUCCGCUUAUGAUUUUUGGAGUUUACGCCUUAAGAAUCGAUUUUUAAGGUUCCUUACCCAAAGGGUCAAACGGGACCCUAUUACCGAGACUUCGCUGUCCGUCCGUCCGUCCAUCUGUCACCAGGCUGUAUCUCAUGAACCGUGAUAGCUAGACAGUUGAAAUUUUCACAGAUGAUGUAUUUCUGUUGCCGCUAUAACAACAAAUACUAAAAACAGAAUAUAAUAAAUAUUUAAGGGGGGCUCCCAUACAAUAAACAUAAUUUUUUUGUCGUUUUUAUAAAUAAUGGUACGGAACCCCUCGUGCGCGAGUCCGACUCGCACUUGCCCGGUUUUUUCAUAUAUAAGCCCAGGAUAUGAAAAUUUAUAGGGAGUAUAAAACGUUAGUUACGUUAUGUUUUGUGCGCAACUUAUCUUGCGCAUCCCCUAGCAACGGCUGCCUGCACGCGUAGCCAACGUGCAUAUCGUUCACGCUCCGUGGCGAACGAAACGCAACUGUCACAGUUGCACUAAUAUGGAAGAGUGAUAGAGAGAGAUGACUACGCUACGCUACGGAGCGUUAACGAUUGUAACGUUGGCUACGCGGGCUGGAAAGAAACACUAUUUAUCAACAAAUAACAACUGUAAAUUUGCGGAGUUUGAUUUUUUUAAUAAUGUAGGUAUUUUAUAAAUUUUAUAAUCGUUCGUAAGGAGUAAACUUCAGUCGUGCGUCGAAGCUGAAGAGUAUAGUAAUAUAUGUACAGUAAGAGCUGACACACACACACACACAUACCUUUAAUAUGCGCGCUGGAGCUAAUGUAUUAUAUGUAAUUGUUGGGGUUGCAAAUCUUGUUUUGUUAGUCUUCUCGGUAAUUAUCAUUUUACUUGUGUUAAAAAUAAAAAUGUAUAUUUUUUCCUCCUUUAUUGAGAUCUAAUAUAUAUGUAUUCUUGAGCAUUAGGUUAUAGAAAAUACCAUAUGCGAGAUUGUAAAUAAUAAGGCUAUGCUUAAAUUAAAUGUAAUAUUAAUUUGUCGUAAUGUACGUGACGUGUAUAAUUACGGUUGUUUUAAUAUGAGCAUAAAUAAACAUAUCACUGUGCAGUAGAUAAUGGUAAUUUGUACGAUUUCUUGAUUGUCCUUAAAAAUAAUACAAGCCUAUAAAUAUUCCAAAAUUACUUUGCGGGUUACGUUUACAAUUCGGAUAUAGGUAUAGGUAGUUAUAGACAAACGUACCUAAAAGUAACAAGUACAUAUAAUAUAAUUAAUGUAUGUACACUCAAGAGCAAUCAAAACGUCACUGCUUAUGUGGUCAUUUUUGUGGGGCUUAUAUAAAGAGAUUUGUAGUUGUGUUGACAGAUCACAAACUAUUCUAGGUAAUUCAUAAGUCAUAACCUAAUGGCCAAAGGACAAAACGUAAGUAUUCAGUCCAAUACAUACCCGAUUCAGGCUUUAGUUUAGAUAGACACAUUUCUACAGCAAACAACAACAACACAAAACACAGUAACAAGUAUUGACGACAAUUAAAU